AUGUGGACACGAAGUGGUGCGCAUUCGCUCUCAAACUGGGUUAAUUCGACAAUCUCCCAGGCUUCGACAUGGGAUACCCUAGCCGAGCCUCUACGACUGGACGGCUCUGCUGUCCAGAGUACGGAUCGCAUUGUUCUGUGGUCAGCGGACCGUGCCGACGGACCUUAUUAUCUCGACGGUCUGGCUAUCACCAUCGCUUCCAACUACACUAUCACUUAUCCACAGCAUAGCAUAUCACACACGAUGGAUGUUGGCAUGCUGUCGCUGCAUACUGGAUCUGACACGGUGAAUUGGACCUCAAACAAUGGCUCGCAAGUGUCUUAUGAUCAGUACUUGUACAAAGCCUACACAAUGGGAGACAUCCCAUCUAUCUCUUACGGCCUCCACGUGGGAUCUGUAUAUCCGCCGGUGCCCGGGAGCCUAAUUCUGGGUGGUUACGAUCGGUCUCGAUGCAUCAGCACCCUCAUCGUUUCAAGCGAAAACAAGUUUACGCUCGCUGAAAUAGACUUGGAAGUCACCUCGGGAGGCUGGCCUUUCGUGAAGAAACAAUCAGCUUCUGACUCCAACCUCCUGCUUGACGGCAAUACUGGGAGCAACAGCUCGCUGACAGUGAUUCCGAACCCUGGAGUACCGUAUCUUUAUUUACCUGGCAACACCUGCAAAUUGAUAGCGAGUUUUCUUCCGGUCGCACUCGACGAAAAUCUUGGACUCUAUGUUUGGAAUACGACGGAUCCGAGCUUCAAGAGAAUCAUGACAUCUCCAUCUGCAAUCAAAUUUUCUUUUCGCACCGAUCCCGGGCUCGAGGACAUUUCAGUUCCUUUUGCAUUGUUGAAUUUGACAUUGGAUUACCCUCUCGCGAAUACACCGAAGCAAUACUUUCCUUGUUCUCCAUAUACACCAUCAGAUGGCUCGACCUACCACUUAGGGCGUGCGUUCCUGCAAGCAGCAUUUCUUGGAGAAACCGGACAGACGCAAAAGGUGUUCCUAGCUCAAGCACCUGGACCUGGAGCGAAGGAUGAGGUUAUAACGAAACUCGCAUCCACUGACAGCACAUUGACGGCUAUGGCGAACCCACCGACGUGGAAUGCGACAUGGACAGACUAUCUGAGAGCACUGCCAGAUGACAGCACUAGCACGACUUCAUCGACUCCGGAUGGCUCCAACGGAUUGAGUGGAGGCGCAAUAGCAGGAAUUGUGAUAGGUGCGGUUGGCGGUAUCGCGAUAUUCGCAAUGGCAGUCUUUAUUGUCAUGCGACGCAGACGCAAGUCUCGCAAGCCUCAAACGGUACAUUGGGGCGGACAUGGAAGCGCUUUCCAAGACAAGGAUGACCCUUCAGGAGAAGGACCUGUAAGUGAAUCGGCCAGCGACCCCAUCUACGAGGUUGCAUCCGAUCAGGGAAAACGCGACAAGGCAAACGGAGCAGCCGAGAUGGAAGUGCCUGGAUAUAUUGGGGAACUGGAAGGGAGUUAUGCGUAUCGAAGAAGCCAGGUUUUGACUUGA